AAAAGCGUUGAGUAAAUACUUGUUGAUUAAUUCCAUUUCUGGAAAUAAUCGGAUUUAUGAAGGAGGCCCUGCCCACCUCUUUGAUAUGGACUUGUACUAAUGAACUACAAUUCCCAGCAUGCGUCAGAAUUAGGGCCGUAGAGUUUUUUAAAAUAUGGACUACAACUCCCGGCAUGCCGCACCCGGAUUCGAGGACCACACGCCUCAGCCAGCCCCGGCAAGGGCCUAUCAGGGGUGGGUCGGGGCAUCCGAGCGGGUUUGACGGAAGGAGCGGCGGCGACGGAGGAGGAGGAGGAGGAGGAUGGAGGCGGUGGUGUUCGUCUUCUCUCUCCUCGAUUGUUGCGCGCUCAUCUUCCUCUCGGUCUACUUCAUAAUUACAUUGUCUGAUUUAGAAUGUGAUUACAUUAAUGCUAGAUCAUGUUGCUCAAAAUUAAACAAGUGGGUAAUUCCAGAAUUGAUUGGCCAUACCAUUGUCACUGUAUUACUGCUCAUUUCAUUGCACUGGUUCAUCUUCCUUCUCAACUUACCUGUUGCCACUUGGAAUAUAUAUCGAUACAUUAUGGUGCCGAGUGGUAACAUGGGAGUGUUUGAUCCAACAGAAAUACACAAUCGAGGGCAGCUGAAGUCACACAUGAAAGAAGCCAUGAUCAAGCUUGGUUUCCACUUGCUCUGCUUCUUCAUGUAUCUUUAUAGUAUGAUCUUAGCUUUGAUAAAUGACUGAAGCUGGAGAAGCCGUGGUUGAAGUCAGCCUACACUACAGUGCACAGUUGAGGAGCCAGAGACUUCUUAAAUCAUCCUUAGAACCGUGACCAUAGCAGUAUAUAUUUUCCUCUUGGAACAAAAAACUAUUUUUGCUGUAUUUUUACCAUAUAAAGUAUUUAAAAAACAUGAA